GAUAAACGCAAGGCGGGUGAAGGGAAGUGAAGCCCACCAAUUCCUCGACGCCUGUGGCCCACGCCGUCAGUGGGAGUGGCGGUGUCGGGUCCGGAACGAAACGGCGGGGUUUCUUUUUCUUUUGUUUCGGAAGCGUAUAAUAACAGCAUAUGGGUGAGGGCGUUUUAUUAGCACAAGCAAUUGAAUGGCACCGGUUUUUAGCUGGUGGAGGCUGGGAGCCAUAUAGCAUUUGGAGCUAGCCUAGCGGUAUUCCUCUCCUAGCCUCCCCUCCUCCUCCUCCUCCUCCUCGGUAGAUUCGUCUCGUCGUCGCCGUCGCCUCCCUCCUCUCCGUCCCUCACCUCCUUGCAUGGAGCCAGGCGCGCCGUGGCGCGAUCCGCGCCAGGGGUACCUGUAUGGCGUCGGAUCGGCGGUGCAGAUGCCGAUGCAGCAGCGCUCCGACGCGGCCGCGGCCGGCGGGGUGCUCAAGAGGAGCCUCGGCGACAUGGAGAGGUGGCAGCAGCACCAGCAUCAGCAGCGACAGAUUGCGAUGCAGCAGCAGCUGUACCUGCGAACCGUGAGGCAGCGCACGGCCGCGGCGUCGGCGGCCGUCUCGCCGCUCACCUCGGCGGAUAUCGCGGCUGUUCUAGGCGGGCCACCGUCCCAGCCUCUGGUUCUAUCCGGGUCCAGCAUGGGAGGGGCCUUCGGAUCGCCGUCGUCGACGCUGUCGUCCAUCACCACCGCGUCCAGGGCGGUGGCGAUGCCGCUCAUGCAGCCACAGCUGCAGCGGCAGCAGCAGGUGACAUACAUGGCGUCCUCGCCACAGGUUCAGGCCUUUGGAACGGCGAGGGCGCUGCCUCCAGCGCCGGCGACGAGCGACCUGUCCAUCCUGCAGGAGCUCGAGAAGCAGCUUCUCGGAGACGACGAUGAGGUGGAGGCCGCGAUGAGCGGGACCGGCUCCGCGGUCACCGGGUCCGAGUGGGAGGAGCAACUCAACUCCAUCACCGCGGCGCCGUCGCCCCCACUUACUGCGGCGACGACCCCGAACAACAACAAUAACGCCGUGGGUAUGACGCGGUCGCCCUCGAACUCGUCCACCUCCACGGCGUCUUCCUCGGCUUCCUGUUCGCCGCCGACCUCGGCCACCACGUCGCGGCAACUACUCUCCGAGGCGGCGGCUGCCAUCGCCGACGGACACAAUGAAACGGCGGCCACUCAUCUGACCGCCCUCAAGCGCGCGGCGAACUCACGCGGCGACGUGGAGCAGCGGCUGGUUGCUAUGAUGGUGGCGGCGUUGUCCUCCCGCAUUGGUCAGACCGCCUCAGUCCCGGACAUCUGCGGCGGCGAGACGCGCGCCGGGUCCCAACUCCUCCACGACAUAUCCCCGUGCUUCCGCCUCGCCCUCCACGCUGCAAACGUGGCCAUCGUCGACGCCGUCGGCGACCACCGCGCCAUACACCUGGUGGACUUCGACGUCAGUGCCCCGCAGCACGCCGACCUCAUCAGGUGCCUCGCUGCUCGCCGGUUGCCCGGAACCUCCCUGAAGGUCACCGCCGUCACCGAUCCCGCCUCACCAUUCACGCAGUCUGUAACAGCAACACUCCACCUCCAGAAGCUCGCCGAGCGAGCGGGCAUAGAUUACCGGUUCAAAAUGGUGAGCUGCAGAGCAGGGGAGAUAGAAGCAUCCAAGCUGGGGUGCGAGGCCGGGGAGGCGCUGGCUGUCAACCUGGCGUUCGCGCUCUCCCACGUCCCCGACGAGAGCGUCUCGCCGGCGAACCCGCGCGACGAGAUCCUCCGGCGGGUGCGCGCCCUCGGCCCGCAGGUGGUGGCCCUCGUGGAGCAGGAGCUGAACUCCAACACGGCCCCGCUGACCACGCGCUUCACCGACGCGUGCGCGCACUACGGGGCCAUCCUGGAGUCGCUGGACGCCACGAUCCCCCGGGAGAGCGCGGAGAGGGCGCGUGCUGAGGCGGCGCUGGGCGGGAGGGCGGCGAACGCGGUGGCCAGGGAAGGCGCCGACCGGCUGGAGCGGUGCGAGGUGUUCGGCAAGUGGCGCUCCCGGUUCGGCAUGGCGGGAUUCCGGCCGGUGGCGCUCGGACCGGGCAUUGCUGACCAGGUGUUGGCCCGGCAGGGCCCCGUCGCGGCAGGGUUCGCCGUCAAGGCGGAGAACGGCGUGCUCCGGCUCGGAUGGAUGGGGCGCGUGGUCACCGUCGCCUCCGCCUGGCGUUAGACCAGGGGAUGCCGCGACAUUAUUGCCGUCACCAAAUCGGUCACUUAAUUAAUUCGCGCUCUUUUUCCAUUUUUUUCAUUUUCCAUUUGGUGAGUGAGUUUGGUAUUGAUCUGGUAAAGCUUAAUUAGUUGUAGCAACUCAUAAUUCUUGGUAGCUAAUGCUUAUAUAUGGAAAAAGAGUAAAUUAUAUCACAAUUACUUGCUGUUU